AUGGGAGUCCACCGGAUUACUUGCAGGACCACCCUGUUGCUGGUGUCCAGCGUCGAGGGUACUCUCAUUCCCAAGCUGGAGUACAUACAGAACCUUGGGUUCUCCCGGAGGGAGGCUAUCAAGAUGGUACUGAGGUCGCCGGGCCUGUUCACAUUCAGCAUCGAAAAGAAUUUCCGCCCAAAAGUGGCGUACCUGGUUGAGGAAAUGGGGCGCGACCUCAGAGCUCAAGGAUUUCCCCCAAUACUUCUCAUUCAGUCUCGAGGGAAAGAUUAAGCCGCGCCACCGGCUUCUGGUGGAGAAUGGGUUCGAGGAUAUGUCUCUUGCCAACAUGCUCAAGGUCAGCGAUGGUGAAUUCAACGACCGGUUGGUCGAGAUGCGGCUGAGAUCGGUCGGUGGGAAGAUCUGA